AGCGAAAAAUAAAACACAAAAACAAUGGGUGAUAUUGAUGAACGAAUGAUGGGACGUGCUGCUAGUCAAUCUCGAUUUCUUCCCAAUGAUCAGCAAGUCAUAAGUGACCCUCUGUCCAAACAAAUCUUCGAAUACGAACAAUCGCAUACUCCAAAUGAUCGUGAACUGCUUGAAAUAAUUCAGAAAAUCGAGAGAAGUAAUCCGGAACGAUGUUCGAAAGCACCAAAGUUCGUGUCCCAGCUGCUAACUCACAGAACGACACCUAUUCGUAAAUUUGCAUUUGCGGCUUGUCUGAAAAUCUUGGCCCAUCCUCAAAGUCCACGGCAAAUGAUGCUCGAUUCCUAUCACUUGGCACUUGUAAAUUCAAAUCCUCAAGUGGCUCAACAUGCUUUAUCGCUUCUGCCUAAGUUUGUUGACGCCUGUCCAGAAGAAGCAAAUAACCUGAUAAAGUUCGGAUCAAUAGCAUACAACAGACUUCCAGCUCCAUGUACUGACGUUGAAAGUUUUCUAUCAAAAUCUUAUACCAAAGCUUCUCAAUGAUUGAUUUAUUGUUUAGAUUUAUGAGUUGCGACGGGUUUUCAUUUAUCAAUAAAUCGGGUAUUUCAUUU